AUGGGUUCACGCUAUAUUGCACCUAGUGUGACUGUUUCGAAGUAUUUUCAAAUUGGACCAGAACCAAUUGAACUGGAUUCAAUCAUCGUCCCACCACCAACGGCCAGUGCUAGUGUAGAAGAGCCGAAAGGGCAAGUAGCAGGCACUAUCGGCGCAGGCUCAGAUAACCCAACCGGUUCGGGUAGUGCCCAACCGAAACAACUUGUGAACGUCAAACUUUUGUCUAGUCAACUACGGGAAGGUAUGAGUGAGCUUCCGAUACGAAAAGGUGACUUGGAAACAUCAGCAACGAAAACUUUACCAAUGAGUGAUCAAAUUUUAAUGCAUGUUCAUGGUGGCGGUUUCAUUGCCACGUCAUCAACAACUCACGAAGUCUAUUUACGACCAUGGGCGUUAGCUUUGGAAAUACCGAUUGUUUCCGUAGAUUAUUCUCUUGCACCUGAAUAUCCAUUCCCACGCGCCAUUGAGGAAUGUUUCUAUGCUUACGCAUGGAUUCUAAAAAAUGCUAGUAAACUUGGUUGGACAGGCAAAACAAUUCUUUUAGUUGGUGAUAGUGCCGGUGGAAAUUUAAUCACAGCUGUAACUAUCAAAGCUAUUGAAGUUGGACUACGAAAGCCCGAUGCAAUCAUUUGCUUUUACACGCCAUUUCUUCUUGGCUAUAGUAUGUCACCGUCACGUUUAAUGGCUAUUAUGGAUCCAUUGUUGAAUACAGGGUUUCUCUGGCGUUGUCUUGCAGCUUAUGCUGGUAUUAAAGCUGACAAUGAACCACCUGAAGACGAACUUACUUCGACUAAGGAUAGUCAGAUCACACCUGGAAAAGACCUUCAGAACAAUGUUGAUAGUCCAUCAGCACGACAAACCGACCCUGAACAACAAUCACAACCGAAAGUACAGGCUUCUGGUCGGAUGCGUGAAGAUACAUACUAUGCUCGACUAUCUGAUAUCGUUGGUUCACGGCAAGCUUAUCUUCUUCGAAAAUUACGUGAAUCAACACUACCUAAUCAUCCCUACAUGUCACCACUACGUGCCCUCGAUGAUAUCUUGCGGCAAUUUCCAACCACCUAUCUGAUCCCAUGUGCACGUGAUCCAUUUAUUGAUGAUAAUAUUGAAUUUGCUCGACGAUUGGCCGCACUCAAUGUUCUACACCAUUUCAUAGUAGUCGAUGAAUGGCCACAUGGAUACCUUGAUUUUGGUUUUGCAUCGAAUGAAGUCGCUCAGUACAAUGUUGAAAUCAUCAACAUGAUGCAAACUAUCAUUCGACAAUCAACUUCUAAUGAUACCGGUGAUGUUGCUUCCGUGCCAUCUUUUACAGAUUAA